UUGGACCAAAAAUAAUACGAUAUGCAAGUCGGCCUGAUAUAUUAUCAGUCAAUGAAGUAUUAACUACAACUUUGCGGGAAAAGUACAGUAUCAAAUUUGAUAUUGCAAUGUUGCUCAGUUUUAUGGGAUAUUUUAAAUCCAAAAAUAUGAAUAUACUCACGAAUUACGAAAAUUGUCACAGUUAGCGGAAGAUUUUGAAAAUAAAUGGCAAAUGUCUAAUUGUUUUGGUAGCAUUGAUGGUAAACACAUCGUACACCAGGCAUUUGCAAACUGUACAAAAUACACUUAUCCGAGACAAACCGGUCCGGUUUAUACGAUAAUGCGAUAUUGCGUUUUCUCGGCUCUUCUAGAAUCUUCCAAUCGAUACCACCACCCCCCGCACUAGCGAACUUUUAUCGCUACUCCGAUCACCGGUCGUCGGAACAUUGCGGUGCAAGUCAGUCGUCGGCGUCUCUUUUUCCUGGCUGUGUGGUCGUCGGCGCUCUGGGUCCGGUGUACCAUCAUUGUUGCCAUUUUGGCGUGCGACGUUCCGUUGUUGUCGCUAUGGUGGCCAUUGGCGUACGACGUUUUGUUGUUGCGGCUGUUGUUGCCACUGUCGUUGCUGUUGACGUGCGACGGUUUUCGACGUCCAGUUCACGUGGCUGUUGGUGCCGCUGUUGCUGCCGUGGACCAUUGGAGUUGUGUGGGCUGUGGUUGAUGGUGGUAUGAGUCGGCGUCGGUGAGAAUACAACGUGCUGUCCGUGCACUGGAGCAAUGUCAGGUUCAUUUAUUGGUUUAUAUCAUUAUUUUAAUUCUGGUCGUAUUGUCCUUUAUGUAUAUUAUCUUUAGUUAGCGGGCGCCCCAAUCAAAUAUGUAACCAAUCAAUAUGUACUUUGUAUACCUUGAAUUUAUAGUUGUAUUUGUUUAUUUCAAUAACACGGCGGUGCUGCUGGCUUGCCGUCAUUAUAUGUAUACGGUGUGUUAUUUUAUUUAUUCACCAUAUGCGGCAUAUAUUGUAAAUUGGUCACCUUGUCCUGUCCCGUUUAAUUAUUAUAGUUCAUAAGAAUAAGAAGCCAAACAACGAAAGCAGACAAGGGUUAAUUCCCACGUAAAAGGAGGCUGUCUGCGUUGGUAAGUUUUUUUUUUUAUCCUCUUUUUACACAAACACUGGAUCUUCUCACUAUAACUAUAAAGGGUCAAAUAGUAUAAUAUUACUGGCAAUGUGUGAUGCCAGUUACAACUUUGUAUUAGUAGAUAUUGGUGCAGCUGGUAGAUGUAGCGAUGGUGGUGUAUUUUCAAGCUCAGAAAUGGGCAAAAGUUUUAUUAACAAUAUAUUAAAUGUACCUACUGAAAAAGAAAUAGGUCAAUAUGGUCUAAUUCCAUUUUAUGCAGUAGCUGACGAAGCAUUUCCUCUGCUAAAGAACCUAAUACGCCCUUUCCCAGGAAGAGGUAAAAGAAAAUUACCAUUAGAUGAAUCAAUUUUCAACUAUAGGCUAUCCAGAAGUAGACGUACCAUUGAGAAUACGUUUGGUAUUAUGGCAUCUAAAUGGCGUAUUUUAAGAAGGCCUAUAAUUGCUGGAGAAAAAACCGUGAAUGCAAUUACAAAAGCUGUUGUUGUAUUGCAUAACUUUGUAAAAAUGUCAGAAAAAAUGCUAAAGUUCGAUAUUACAGUAGCCCAUUAGAUGUUGAACUUAUUCAAAGGGAACAAUGGAGGUCACAAGAAAUGGGAGCUUUAGCCAGCGUCCAUCAAUUAGGAACCAAUACUUAA